AUGCCUCCCAAAUUCGAUCCCAAAUCACCAGAAAACGCACCUCUAAUCUCGUUAUUUCAAUCCCUUGGUUUAGCCGAAAAAUCAGCUACGGAACUAGUCAGACAACCUAAAUCAGGUGUAGCGUUCAAAUCACUCAUUGACGAGUUUCAAUUGAAUGAUAAGAAAUAUGAUGAAAAGACUGCCAGUGCUUUGGUCAAGCUCUCUGGAUCAGGAGGGAAAUUAGGUCCAGCCGAAAAAGGAUUUGUAGUCAAGAAGAUAGAAGAAGGUGAAAUCAAAUCAGCUGAUCAAGUCGCAGCUGCUAUCAAGUAUGUAGAAGGGAACCCAGCUGGAACACCUAUAAAUGAGGAAGAAUUCAACAAAGCAUGUGGUGUUGGUAUCGAGAUUACCGCCUCUCAAAUUCCAGAUUUACUGAAAUCAUACGUCUCUUCUCUCCCUUCUCCACCUGGAAAUUGGGCAAGUCUCGGAGCAGUUUUAGGAGGUAUAAGAAGUGGUUCAUCCGAUUUGAAAUGGGCUAAUGCAGGGGAAGUAAAGUCAUCAUUGGAAACCAUCUUCACCGAAUUAUUCGGGACCAAAGAAUCAGCUCAAGCAGCUGCCAAAGCCCAAUCAGCUUCAGCCUCCAAAACAAAACCCCCUCCUAAACCUAAAACUGAAGCUUCCCCUUCUGCCGAAGCAUCAUCAUCCACCACUCCUAUCAUUCCCACCAAUAUCUUUAGAGAAGGCUUCUUAUCAGAAUUCCAUAAACCUGGAGAAAACCCCCAGGUCAAACCUGAAUUGAAAGAAGAGCAUCUUGCGUUCACCAAAGGAAUGGUGCAUACUCGAUUCCCUCCUGAACCCAAUGGAUACUUACAUAUCGGUCACGUAAAAGCUAUUAUGAUAGAUUUCGGUUAUGCCAAAUUCCAUGGUGGUAGAACAUAUCUGCGAUUUGACGAUACCAACCCAGAAGCUGAAGAAGGAAGAUACUUCCAAUCCAUUUUAGAAACAGUCAGAUGGUUGGGUUUUGAACCCUGGAAAAUCACUUACUCAAGUGACAACUUUGAUCAGCUUCACAAAUGGGCUGUAGAAUUGACGAGGAGAGGGAAGGCUUACGUCUGUACAUGUAGUGCCGAGAAAAUGAAGGCGGAUAGAGGAAUGGGCAAAGGUCAUCCCGUCGCGUGUGAACAUCGGGACCGACCUGUCGAAGAUUCAUUGAGAGAGUUCGAAAGAAUGAAGAAUGGAGAGUACCCAGAACAAGGUGCAGCGUUGCGGAUGAAGAUGGAUCUGACGAGUGGAAAUCCGUAUAUGUGGGAUAUGGUCGCAUACAGAGUCAAGAUGGCCCCUCAUCACAGGACCGGAGACAAGUGGAAAAUAUAUCCCACAUACGAUUUCACACACUGUCUCUGUGAUAGUAUCGAAAACAUCUCUCACUCCCUCUGUACUGUUGAAUUCAUCCCUGCUCGAGAAUCAUACGAGUGGCUCUGCGAUGCCUUAGAAGUUUACAAAGCCAGACAAUACGAAUUUGCUCGACUGAAUUUGCAAGGUACUUUCCUUUCCAAGAGAAAGAUCGCUAAAUUAGUUCAAAAGAAAUUGGUGAAAGAUUGGGAUGAUCCGAGACUUUACACGAUCAUCGCUCUCCGACGAAGAGGUAUUCCGCCUGGAGCAUUGUUGUCAUUCGUAUCGGAAUUAGGAGUAACGACAUCUGAAUCAGUGACUGAAAUCAAAAAAUUCGAGUCUACAAUUCGAUCCUAUCUCGAAGAAUCUGCACCUCGAUUAAUGAUGGUAUUAAACCCUAUCAAACUGGUCAUCGAGAAUGUUCCUGACGAUUAUCGAGUUCCCGUUCAAGUUCCGUUGCAUCCCAAAGUACCGUCGAUGGGUACUGUAGAAACCUCAUUUACGAAAGAAGUGUAUAUCGAUGCGGAAGAUUUCAGAGAGAUCGAUUCACCUGAUUAUUUCAGAUUAGCUCCAGGAAAGUCAGUUGGAUUAUUCAAAGCGCCUUAUCCAGUGACCUGCACAUCCUACACCAAAGAUCCGACAACUGGUCAGAUAACCGAAAUCAAAUGUAAAUUAGAAGAUUCAGGAACUGUCAAAAAAGCAAAAGCAUACAUUCAAUGGGUGAACGUACCUGAUUCAAUCAAGAUUGAACAGGUCAGAUACUUCAAACCACUGUUCAAAUCUGAUCCACCUCCAUCAGAUUUCGAAUCUGAUAUAAACCCAGAAUCGUUGGAAGUAUUCGAUAACGCUGUUGUAGAACCUGCUUUCUAUGAAUUAGCUAGAAAGGCAAUUACAGAUGCCAGGAAAGAAAGUGAAAUUAGAACUAUUAAAGCUAAAUCAGAAUUCGCUUCUUCACCUUCACCUUCAGAUGAAAGUGAUUCCGAUAAAAAGGUGGAACAUAAAGAAGAUGAACCAGUCAUAAACGCAGAAGGUUUGGUAGGAAUGGAAAAUAUUAGAUUCCAAGCUAUGCGUUUAGCUUAUUUCACAGUUGAUAGAGAAUCUAAAAUCGCCUGUUUAGAUUCCAAUUCAUCUAAAACAGGUAAACAAGUUGGCGAUAAGAUCAUCUUGAAUAGAAUCGUUUCUUUGAAAGAAGAUGUAGGAAAAAAGGCUUAG